AUGCGACGCGCGGCUCGACGGACAGCCCGGGCCAGUCCAGUCCGCAGGCGCCGCCAGGCACGGGCGCACCUCACCCUGGGCCCGAGCACCGCGUCAGAGCACCGCGUCGUGGAGGCCACGAAUACGGACCCGCGGAGCACCGCGACCGACACCGUGGACUGACAGCUGCAGAUGCACGCGGCCGCCAUGGGUGGCGACGGCUGCACCUGCAGGUGCGCGUGCGCGUGCACGCCCCGCAGGUGCCCCGCUGCCGCGCGCCUGCUGUCACCUCUGCUCCUGGCCGCCGUCCUGCUGCAGCUGCUGCUGCCGCUGGCCGCCGCUGCCUACCCGCAGGUCCACGCGCACGACCUGAGGAGCGAGGACGGCCCCGAGGUGCGCGCCGAGCAGGGCGUGCUGCGCGGGGUGUGGGUCCUCGGCGCGGCCGGGACGGGGAUCAAGUUCGCCGCUUUCCGAGGGAUUCCGUUCGCCGCGCCGCCCGUCGGUCCUCUCCGAUUCAAGGCACCGCGAGCGCCAGAGCCAUGGGAGGGUGUCCGUGACGCGGUGGCAGAGGGCCCCGUUUGCCCGCAAGGGCAGCCGGACAGCGCCGAGGGAGUGCUGGGCGACGAGGACUGCCUGUACCUCAACGUGUACGUCCCCGCCGCGUCGCUGGCCGGCGAGACCACCACCGAUGCGCCCGCCACGACCACCACCACGAUGUCGCCUGAGGAGGCCGUCAACGACACCGCGCCCGCUCGGCCACUGCUCCCCGUGCUCUUUUUCCUGCACGGCAGUGGCUCUUGGUUCCAACGGGGCUCCGCCGGCGCCCUAGACCUGGGCCCCGAGCUGCUUCUGCAGCACGACAUCGUGGUCGUGACCCCCAGCUUCCGCCUGGGCGCGCUGGGCUUCGCCAGCCUGGACUCGGAGGGGGUGCCGGGCAACGCGGCGCUCAAGGACGCGCUGGCCGCUCUGCGCUGGCUGCACGGCAACGCGCGCGCGUUCGGCGCCGACAAGGACCGCAUCACGGUGGGCGGCCACGGGUCCGGGGCGGCCCUGGCGCACUACCUCACCCUGGCGCCCGCGGCUGCGGGGCUGGCCCGGGCCGCCAUCCUGCAGAGCGGCAGCGCGCUCGCGCAAUGGGCCUACACCCAGGAUCACGUCCGCUACGCCACCGAGCUGGCUGCCAGGAUCGACCCCGAGGCCGCCAGGCUCAGCAAUGACACCCAGGACGUCGAGGACGUGCUGCGGAACGCGACUGUGGCUCAGCUGCUGCGUGGCCACGCCGAGGUGACGCUUGCGCGCCCACAUCGCGUCAACUUCGUGCCCUUCGUGCCUUCUCCCGAGCGCCGGUUGCAGCGUGGCCUCGGCCACGGUCUCGGCGAAGAGGACGAGGAGGAGGUCUUCUUACCUCACGACCCGGAGUACCUCGUGGUGAAACGCCCCGUGCCGUCGCUGCCCAUCCUCAUGGGGGUCACCUCGCAGGAGGCCUUGCUGCGGUUCUGCAACCUAAAGUGGGACUUGUUCCCGGAGCGCAUGGAGCUCUACAACACGGAGCUGUGGCACCUGCUGCCGCUCAACCUGUGGCCCAGCGACGACACGGCUGCCGUCUUCAACGUGAGCAGGCCGCCAGUGGACCACGGGGCGGGCGGCGAGGACGAGCAACCCCCGACGUUCCCGUCAGAGGUGCGCGACAUCGCCGAUCAGGUGCGGGAGGAGUACUUCGGCGGCGCCAACAUUACCAACAGCAGCCAGCAGGUCGUGGAGCUUCUCAACGACGUCUUCUACAACGCCGACAUCCACAGGCUGGCCACCCGCAGGGUGCAGGCGGCCGCGCAGCCCACCUACCUGUACCGCUUCAGCUUCGAGGGCGAGUACAACGUGGGCAGGGCGCGCCGCCGCCUCGACAGGCCGGGCGCCGUGCACACGGAUGAGAUGGGGUACAUCUGGCGCGUGGAAGGGCUCGGGCAAAACGUGACGGCCGACACCGCGGCCGCACUCACCAUCAAGAGGGUCACCACUCUCUGGACCAACUUUGUGAAGACUGGGUCACCCGUUCCAGAGCCGCUGGAACUGACCGAGCUCAUCCCGGACGCGUGGCCCCCGACGGAGGCAGACACCCUCCCGAAGCAGGCCGUCAUGGACAUCGGAGAGAAAAUGCAGCUCAGAGUGGAACCCCUGGGAGGACGGCACAUGAACUUUUGGAGGAUCGAAUACAGGAAUCUACGCAACGGUGGCGGACUGUGAGCUCGUCUUGCAAAGAAAAAAGAAAAA